AUGUCGACAUCAGACACUAGUCAUAGUCAAACAUUCAAACGAAUAGCGACAAAAUAUUUUCUAUCAUGUACAGCGGCGUUGGUAGCCGAAACCGUCACUUAUCCACUGGAUAUCACGAAAACGAGAUUACAAAUUGCGAAGAAUAAAUUCACGAGGGGAGGAAUGAUGCAAGUGACAUAUGAUAUAAUCCGUCGAGAAGGAGCAAUGGCUCUGUGGACAGGAGUCGCACCGGCGAUCACUCGACAUUAUAUUUAUACGGGAAUUCGAAUGGGCGCUUAUGAACAGAUACGAUUACUCACCUUUGAUAAGGAGACGGAAAAAACGUUUCCCCUAUGGAAAUCAAUGCUGUGCGGUGCGUUUUCCGGUCUGAUUGCCCAAUUCGCUGCGAGUCCAACUGACUUGGUGAAAGUCCAAAUGCAGAUGGAAGGACUCCGACGUCUUCAGAAUCAGCCUCUGAGAUAUACGGGCGCUUUGGAUUGUUUCAGAAGUCUCUACCGUACUCAAGGGUUUUUUGGAUUAUGGAUUGGAUGGAUGCCCAAUUGUCAAAGAGCCGCCCUUCUUAAUAUGGCUGAUAUUGCCACGUAUGAUAGAGUCAAACACGGAUUAAUCGAUCAUUUUCAGCUCAAAGACAACUGGCUAACCCAUGCGGUCGCGAGUUCAUGUGCCGGACUGUCCGCCGCCAUCGUCUCAUUGCCAUCAGAUGUUGUGAAGACGAGAAUGAUGGAUCAGAUUCGACACGAAUUGGAUGCGAAAAUGUACGGAUUGCAACAUAAAAAGAACACCCACGUGGACUUGUACACCGGCGUCAUCGAUUGUUAUAUCAAAAUCAUUCGAAACGAGGGAUUCUUCUCACUUUAUAAGGGAUUCUUGCCCUCUUACAUACGAAUGGCUCCGUGGUCUCUCACAUUCUGGGUCUCCUAUGAAGAGAUUCGCAAGUGGACUGGAGCUUCCAGCUUUUAG